AUUUGAGGACUCUUGGACUGAAUUGUGGAGAUUUAUCCUUUUCCAGUUGAAAAAUUAAAGGAAGCAAGCCAAACACUUUUUGUUCUGGAGAAAGACUCCUGCGCAGCAAACAUCAAAAGAAAAGAAAAAGAGGAUUACUCCUCUUAAUUAGACAGCAAUAGCAAAAAGAAAAUAAGAGUUGGAGUCCAGUAAUCAAAAGAGAAAAAAAGAUCCGCACCAGCAACCCAAGAAGAAGAAAAAAAGCCCAAGAAGAAGGAGAGUGCAGCAGAAAGGGUUUAGGGGUCUCGGAUCUAUUUUUUGGGGGGUGGCUCCAUCUAUUCGGCAGCAAGGGGUUUCGGCAGAGAAGGUGAAUAAGCCGGACUGGCAGCAGCCAACCAGAGCUUUUUGGGUGACUAAUCUGGUUUCAACUUUGUAUUUACCUUCUUCGUAUACUCUAUUCUUGCUUCUGAAAUUUACUCAACAUUGAACCAGUAUUGCUAUUCGGUAUUAUUUCUAGAUGGUAGGAAUAAAUUGCAUUACUGUUAUUACUUUUUUUUAUAUUCUUUUUCUAUGAGUAGCUAAAUUUCUUGGUCCUGGAUUAUGAUGAAGUUGCUAUGAUUUAGUAUAAAUUGUGAUUUUAGUUUAGUCAAUUGAUUGAGUUUUAUCCAUUGUUCCUAUUCGCUUAAUUUAUUGUGUUAACUUCUGGCCAACUUUAGCAUGAUUAAUUAAGUUGUUUGAGUGGAUUAAUAGAGUACAUGCCAUGCCUAUUGAUUCGAGCUCUUUUGGAUAAAAGAAUAGAUAAUUGAACUGUCUUGUUAGAUUAUCUAUUUGGUUCUGAAAUCGGGUUUCCGUAGUUCUUUUGUGAUUAAUGGAUUUUAACUAUUGAAUUAAUAAUUUCCUUUUAAUUAAUAGUUAAAGUACUUGACUUAUUCUGGACGCCAUACGGAAUAGUCAUAUUUUUGCCUAGAACGAACCCUCAAUUCUAAUUGACUAACUAAAUCACAAAUACUAAAAAUUAGCGACUGAUUCAUAAUCCUGGACUAUUUUUCUCUUUCUAAAUUCUCAAUCAAUUUUCCGUCAGUUGUUUGAUCACUUUAUUUUUAAUCAAUUAAAUUCCUUGCAUCCAUUUUAAUUCAAGCUUUACUUUUCAGUUUCAAAUCAAAACAUUCUCAAAUCUCUCUUUUAGUUAAAUUAAUUUUAUUUUUUUAUUUUUAAUUAAUAGUUUUCCAAUUACUUAGUUGCAUUUUCCCCGUGGAUUCGACCCUUACUUGAGCACUGUACUACCGCGACUCGUGCACUUGCGAGGACUAUUAUUAAAUUGUCUAUCAAUUUUUGGCGCCGUUGCCGGGGAAUUUGUUUAACUAGUUUUUGGAAAAUUGUUAAUUUAGUUUUAUUUUAGUUAGUUGUGUUUGUUUUUCUUUCUUUUUUUUCGUGUUUUUUGUUGUAUGCUUGGUCACAGGUCCCUUAAUCCAGAUUUACUAUCAUUGAACGACCAAGUUGAUUUUAUUCACAAGAGAACAAAGAGGAGGCUCAAAUUUGCUUCUAAUCCAACAAUGGGUGACGCUACACUGAUGAAAGAGUUCGGGAGACCAACUGUGGGUGUCUCCCCGUCUUGCAUUGUAUUGAGUGAAGCUGCCCGCAAUUAUGAUUUGAAGACCGUUCACUUUAAUCAGUUGCCAUCUUUCUAUGGGCUUUCUUCUGAGGAUGCGUUGAUUUUUAUUCGAGACUUCUAUGGCAUCAUCCAGAAUUUCCCUUUGCAAGGAGUGACUGAAGAUGAGCUGAGGAUGAGGUGUUUUCCCUACACUCUCAAAGAUGCUGCGAAGACGUGGUUUAUGUCUUUAACACCUGGUUCAUUGCGCACUUGGAAUGAUGUGUACAAUAAGUUCAUUGGCAAGUAUUAUUCUCAGUCGAAAACUUCAGAAUUAAGAAGAAAGAUUGCCACUUUUACUCAAGCUGAAGGUGAGCCAUUUCAUGAGGCGUGGGAAAGAUUCAAGAUGCUACUCACUCAAUGCCCUCACCACGGUUAUUCAUUGGCGCUCCAGAAUCAGACCUUUUAUGACGGUUUAAACCAAGGAUGCCAAGCUAUUGUUGACAACGCAGCUGGAGGAGCAAUGGGAGAGAAGACCGCAGAACAGACUUUAGAGCUUUUUGAUAUGCUCGGAGCCAAUUCACAACAGAAGCGUGUGUGUGGCAGAACUCCAGGAAUUUAUGAAGUGGGAGUUGGGACAGAACUAGCCAUCCAGAUGUCCGAGUUGUCCAAACAGAUGAAGAAUAUGUGCUAUGUGAUGACAAUGAGCAUGUCUACUCCCGUUGUGCAUGCAGUACCUGAAGCUGGUUUUGAGCAAGCUCAUAUGAUGAACUCCUACAAUCACGGGCCAAGAAAUGAGCCAUUCUCAAACUCUUACAAUCCCGGUUGGAGGAACCAUCAUAAUUUCUCUUGGAGUAACACACAACAAAGCAACCAGCCAUCACCUGUCCAAAAGAAGCCUGCUUUGGAGGAUACUUUGCAAACUUUCAUGCAAAUCUGCACCCAAAAUCAGCAAGCAAACGAUCAGCGUUUUCAGCGCACCGAGGCCUCUUUGCGGAAGCUAGAGAUACAAGUGGGACAGAUUGCUGAAUGCUUACAAGGCCAUGUGCAAGGGAAGCUACCGAGCCACAUUGAGGAGGCAAAAGCUGUCACAGUUCUUAGAAGUGGGAAGAUAAUUGAGAAAGAUGAAAGGCAGCCCAUUUUGAAGCCACCAGAAGAGGUAGAAGCUGAAAAUAAAGAACUUGAAGCUGAAUCAGUGAAUGAGGAGACCGGGCUGCACGAAGCUGAAGAUCCAUAUGUGCCGCCUAAGCCAUAUGUUCCACCCGUUCCUUUUCCAAACAGGUUAAAAAGUUCUAAGCUUAACAGUUCUUUUGAAGAGAUUUAUAAGUUGUUGUCCAAAGUUAAUGUGAACUUGCCUCUUCUUGACAUGAUAAAAAACAUGCCUGCCUACGCUAAGUUUUUGAAAGAAUUGAGCACUAGAAAGCGUAGGUAUGAAUCAAAUGAAAAAGUGUUUGUUUCUAAGGCUGUUAGUGAUGUUUUGCAAAAAGAUUUGCCCCCAAAAUUAGAAGACCCUGGCAGUUUUAUUAUCAACAUUAAUUUAGGGAAUUCUAAAUCUGAAAAAGCUAUGCUUGAUUUGGGGGCAAGUAUUAAUUUGAUGCCUUAUUCUGUUUAUUUGAAAUUAGGGUUGAAUGAGCUAAAAUCCACUACUGUGUCCCUACAGCUUGCUGAUCAUUCCAUUAGAUAUCCUAGGGGCAUAAUAGAGGAUGUUUUAGUUCAAGUGGAUAAGUUGAUUAUUCCUGCUGAUUUUGUGGUUUUAGAUAUGGAUGAUCGGUGCAGAUAUGUGAAAGACAUGCCAAUUUUACUUGGUAGACCUUUUAUGGCUACGACAAAAACAAUGAUUGAUGUUCAGAAUGGAAAAUUGACCAUGAGUGUGCUUGAUGAAACUGUUGAGUUUUCCAUUUUGAAAUCAAUGAGCAUGCCCGCUGAUUCUAGUCCUUGCUUUGCACUAGAUGUUCGUGAUCCUAUUGUUUCUUUGGACAAGUUGCAGGAAGAUGAGCUUAAGAAUGAUGCUUUUGAGAGCGCAAAAGUUUGCAAAAAGUGCACUAAUUGUUUUCUCCAAAAGUCCACUUUAAGGAAAGAUUUUAAACCUGGAAUUGAAGUGUUGUUGCUUGACUCUCAUUUAAGAUUUUCUCCAGGAAAAAUAAAGUUUAAGUGGACUGGUCCGUUUUUUAUUCGCCAAGUUUUUCCGGAUGGUGCAAUUGAGCUUGAAAAUCCAAAAUCCGGAAAUAUUUUUAAAGUGAAUGGUGAGAGAGUGAAGAGAUAUUCAUGUGGUGGAGAUUCAGUGGAGCGAGUUGAAAGCCUUGAUCUUUGGGAACAUCGUUGCUCUUGUUGUGUUUAAUCACAUGUUUAAAAAAAAAAAUCAAAAACAAAAAAAAGAGUCAUUUUCUUAAUUCUGUUUCCCUCUCCCCAUCCUGUUUUCUUUUUCUUUCUUUGUUCUUUCUGUUUUGCAGGUUAUAUUUCAAGAGGUUACUGUUUUGAAGUGCAUUCAGGGAGUAUCUUUUUCUCCUUUCCUUUUUUUAUUAAUCGUUCAUUGUGCAUAUUGUUUCAUUGUUUGAAAUAAGUGUGGGGGAGGAGUAGCUUUCAUAUUUAGUUUGAUUUUAGUUUUGGAAACUGCAAAAAAAAAAAAUCAGAAAAACUGCAAAAAAAAAACAGUUUUCUUGCUUGAAUUUAAGAGAAGUUUAAUUUCAGGAUUACUUUUUUUUUGCUUUAAGCUGUGAAAAGUUUCCCUUUCAUUGGUAUGUGGUAUGAUUGGUGGUCUCUAUGAUAAGUUUCUCUUGAAUUUGAUUGAGUUCCUGACAUUGUUUUUACUUGGAGUCAAUUUCUUAGUCUCUUGUGCCAUUAAUUUUGAUGUAUUUCUCAAUUCUUUAUUAUCUUCUGGGAUGCAUCUCUAGCAUUCUUGGAAAGAGUGUGAGUUCUUUGUCUUUUAGUUAACAUGAUAGAACUUGUCUUGUUGCUCUUUUGGAAGCUAAGUUAUUGUGCGAAUUGAUUGAGAAGUGAUCUAGGCCAUUUUUCAUAGCCCCAAACCUCUUAGCCUACCCUUUGCCUUUUAUUUCCGCUAACUACCCAUUUGAGCCUACUUGGUCUUGUAGCAUUCUACCGUGCUUUGACUAAUAAUUUCUUUGUUAUUACCCACCAUUAUUUACCCGAGCCCAAAUAGCCAAAAAUUAUCCCAUCACCCUUGAGUUGACAUUUUUUUUACUUAAAUUGUGACUUGGAAGAGUUUUCAUCUUAUUGGAGCAUUUUUUUUUUCGGCUGUUUGUAUAUGUAAUUUUGUUAUGGAAGCUUGACGUUUCCUUUUAAAAGUAGUGUUGAUGUAGCAUUAAAAAAAAAGCUGAAAAAAAAUACAAAGAAAAAAAAAAACGAAAAAAAAAAGAGAAAAUCCAAAAGAAAAAAAGUGAAAAAAAAAAGAAAAAGAAAAAAAGAAGAAAAAAAAAGAGUUGAGUUGAAGUUUGUAUUCUUUUCACUUCUUGUAUGUACUCCAUUGUCGUAGAAGCCGGUUGAUUGUUGUAAUAGUUUUUUUUGUGCUCCUUUACCAUUUUUUGAACUCUUCCUAGGAUCAAUUUGGUUUAGAAAAUGUCUCCUCUUUUGUUUUGUUUUGAACUCCAUAUCCUUUCUUUCAUUAAACCAUCACCCAUAGCCAUGUUACGACCCUAAUAAAAGUCCUAAGUGAUCUUGAUGAGUUUGUGCUUUAAUAAGGUGGAAGGAAGAGCAUAAGAUGACUAUAGAGUGUUCACUGAAUGACUGGGGGCUUUGCAUAAUUUCUGUGAAAGUUACUUGAGCAUCUCACUAGGUCAUUUAGAAUUGUAAAAUACAUCUCUACUAAUGGCAUGUGAGUCUAGGUGAUUGAUCUUGAGUUUGGCAUUGUGGUGGAUACUUAAUUUGAUUUUCUUGGGGAUAUCUUGUCAUGGAGGGGUUUGUUGGAAUGUUUGGUGAGUGGAAGGGAAUAAUUGAUCGCUUGUUGCUGAAUUGUUUCUUGAUAUUAAUUUUCCUUGAGGACAAGCAAAAUGCAAGUGUGGGGGAGUUUGAUGAGCCAGAAUUUGUGAUCCAUUUUUGUCACAAUUCUAUGCUUAUUAUUUACCUAAUUGAGAGGCUUUAAUUAUAUUUUGUGUUAAAAAUGAUUUUUAUAGGUGAGAACUUUAAUUGAAGAAUUUGAGGACUCUUGGACUGAAUUGUGGAGAUUUAUCCUUUUCCAGUUGAAAAAUUAAAGGAAGCAAGCCAAACACUUUUUGUUCUGGAGAAAGACUCCUGCGCAGCAAACAUCAAAAGAAAAGAAAAAGAGGAUUACUCCUCUUAAUUAGACAGCAAUAGCAAAAAGAAAAUAAGAGUUGGAGUCCAGUAAUCAAAAGAGAAAAAAAGAUCCGCACCAGCAACCCAAGAAGAAGAAAAAAAGCCCAAGAAGAAGGAGAGUGCAGCAGAAAGGGUUUAGGGGUCUCGGAUCUAUUUUUUGGGGGGUGGCUCCAUCUAUUCGGCAGCAAGGGGUUUCGGCAGAGAAGGUGAAUAAGCCGGACUGGCAGCAGCCAACCAGAGCUUUUUGGGUGACUAAUCUGGUUUCAACUUUGUAUUUACCUUCUUCGUAUACUCUAUUCUUGCUUCUGAAAUUUACUCAACAUUGAACCAGUAUUGCUAUUCGGUAUUAUUUCUAGAUGGUAGGAAUAAAUUGCAUUACUGUUAUUACUUUUUUUUAUAUUCUUUUUCUAUGAGUAGCUAAAUUUCUUGGUCCUGGAUUAUGAUGAAGUUGCUAUGAUUUAGUAUAAAUUGUGAUUUUAGUUUAGUCAAUUGAUUGAGUUUUAUCCAUUGUUCCUAUUCGCUUAAUUUAUUGUGUUAACUUCUGGCCAACUUUAGCAUGAUUAAUUAAGUUGUUUGAGUGGAUUAAUAGAGUACAUGCCAUGCCUAUUGAUUCGAGCUCUUUUGGAUAAAAGAAUAGAUAAUUGAACUGUCUUGUUAGAUUAUCUAUUUGGUUCUGAAAUCGGGUUUCCGUAGUUCUUUUGUGAUUAAUGGAUUUUAACUAUUGAAUUAAUAAUUUCCUUUUAAUUAAUAGUUAAAGUACUUGACUUAUUCUGGACGCCAUACGGAAUAGUCAUAUUUUUGCCUAGAACGAACCCUCAAUUCUAAUUGACUAACUAAAUCACAAAUACUAAAAAUUAGCGACUGAUUCAUAAUCCUGGACUAUUUUUCUCUUUCUAAAUUCUCAAUCAAUUUUCCGUCAGUUGUUUGAUCACUUUAUUUUUAAUCAAUUAAAUUCCUUGCAUCCAUUUUAAUUCAAGCUUUACUUUUCAGUUUCAAAUCAAAACAUUCUCAAAUCUCUCUUUUAGUUAAAUUAAUUUUAUUUUUUUAUUUUUAAUUAAUAGUUUUCCAAUUACUUAGUUGCAUUUUCCCCGUGGAUUCGACCCUUACUUGAGCACUGUACUACCGCGACUCGUGCACUUGCGAGGACUAUUAUUAAAUUGUC